AUGGCUGAGCCAAAAGUGGCGCUACAAAUCUCCCCUCCGCAAGAGCUUGUGUUCCAGGGUCCUUUUACCGAUGUCGUUACUUCGCCGCUGCGGCUGAUGAAUCGUGGCACCCAGCCGAUUUGUUUCAAGGUGAAGACCACCGCCCCAAAGCAGUAUUGCGUUCGGCCCAACUCUGGAAUCGUAGCACCAGGCCACACUUUCGAAGUUUCUGUGAUGCUUCAGCCUACCGGAAAUGAAGCCAGCGUUGAAGCAAGCCGGCAUAAAUUCAUGGUGCAGUAUUGCUACGCUCCGCACGAAAAUGUGGAUUUGGAGGGUCUUUGGAAGACCAUCAACCCGGCCGAUCUGUCCUAUUCGAAGCUGCGCGUCGUGUUUGCGGGUCUCUCUAAUGCCAAUACCACUCUGGGCACUCAGGAAGAGACUCCGGCGUCGAUCAAAUACAUUCAGAAUUCUACGACUAAAUCAGUUCAUCAUACCCCACCGGGCAUCCAGACGUCCAGCCACGUGACCAAUCUUCGUUCUGGCAACGAUGACGAAUUCGCACGCAUGCAACAGAAGGCACAGAAAGCCGAGAAUGAGCUUACGGCCGUCAGGAAGGAUUUGGAUGACAUCAUGAAGAAAUACACGAAGCUGCAACACGACCGACUGCACGGACAAGCCGAGGUCGGCUUCCCCACUCUGCAGGCCAUCCUUAUUACCGUCGCCGGACUCCUCAUCGGUCUGAUCCUCGGCAAACUCAUG